AUGCCUCACAGGCGGCACUUUGAUCGAACCAGUCGUCUAGGAUCAUGGAUCUCGCUAGGAACAGAAGCUCUUUUUCGCUUUGCGGAGUUGGAGGACUACUCCAACACGCUUCCGUUCAAGUUCGAUAAUUCUCUGAUGGCACACAGUGGAUACGGUGGGCUUGUUGCUCUUUUUUCUCCUAGAGCGUGUAAUUUUUCAACAAACGAGAACUCUAUCUUCCUCUUUCAUCUCGCCGGAACUCCUUUGCAGAAACGCCCCCGUAUUCAAUUAAAGGCGAUUGAAAGGGUCAUCUACAUGACAUGGAACAAGGCAGCUGAUCACUUAAUAGUUGUUUUGAAUACAGGAUUCGUCCACUUUUACAACUACUGCGGCGCAGCAGCAGCGCCAUCUUUGCCGAUGGAAAUACCAAUUGCCUGUACAUCGUGUGAUAAUGGGUUUGUUGCACUUGUUGACACGGCAACUGAAGCGAAGCUUGUACUCGUACACCUUGGACGACAAAAGGAGUACACGAUGCGAGAACUCUCUUUGCCACAGAGCAUUCGCCAAUUCAUGACCACCAUCGCGCUCGUCGCCCUCGAAAGCGUUGACAAAGAAGAGACAAAAGAGGUGUUUCUUUCUUAUACACCAUGGUCCUCGAACUCAUUUAUUUGCCGGUGCCUUUUCGGAGCGUCGAACUCAUCCUUCUUAGAACUCGCUGUACCAGUUGAAGGAGGACGCGUUCUAGGGAUGUGUCGCUCGCCUACCAGUCGUGCCGUCGCGUUCAUGAUGCUAGAUGGAUCGUUAUACUCGACAAGUAGUGGAUUCUCUGAGGUUUCGCUGCUUAGGCGCACCGACGUGACUCUGGAAAGUUUUCUGCAAAUGACGUGGUGUGGAGGUCAUUGCGUUGCAUACCUACAGCGAAUGCAGUACGGUGGCGCGUUGGAUGAGGGUGAGGACUGCCCCUGCUCGCUUUUCUUGAUGAACGUCGAUGAACCUGACAACAAUGACUGCAUCUCUGAUUUACCGUUUGACGCCUGUCUUCUUCCCGAGAAGGACGGCGCUUGGGUGCUUUCGCGGGAGAAGCUGUUUUUCUUGCAGGUGGCACCGCUUGCCGUUCAGCGCGUCUUUUCUGUCGCUUCGAGGGCUGCUGGGGCGAUGCUUGUCGCAACCUACGACGAGUUCAUGACCGGCGAUGCGUCUGCGGUGCGGAUGCUACGAAAUCUUGAGCGUGCUUCAGGUGCCCUGGUGGAAGCGGUAGCCGAAUGCGUUGCUGCAGCUGGUUUUGAGUUUGAUGCGGCGCAGCAGAAGCGGCUGUUGCGAAUCGCUGCAUUUGGUCGCACAUUUUGUUCCCUCUGUGAUUCAAGCGCAUUUGUGGCCAUGUCAAAGCGACUGCGUGUGCGCAAUCAUCUUCGCCUUGAGCCGCUUGGAAUGAUUGUGACUGACCAGCAGCUCACUGAUCUCGGUGAGGCACGCCUUCUACAGCGUCUUACUGUGUGCAAUGAGCACCAGGUAGCCUUUUGUGUGGCAGAAGCUAUUGGGUCAGAUGUCAAGCUGGUGAUGCUGGACUGGGCGAUGUGCAGGCUGGCGCGUGUCUCAGUUCACAACAAGGAGGAGGAGCGAGAGGUCGCAAAGCAAAUAGUUAAGAAGCUGAAGGCGUGUAGUUUCACUUCAUUCGCAGAGCUGGCACAGCAGGCCAAGGUCGCCGGCCGCGGCACCGCCGCGGUGGUACUGCUGGAUGCGGAAGUGAACCCCUCUCAGCAAGUGACAAUGCUGCUUAGCAUUGGCGAGCCUGACAUGGCCCUGAAGCGUGCCAUUCACGCCGCUGACGCGGACCUAGUGUUCACGGUCAUGGUUCACAUGAUCCGCAACCGUGGGUCCACUGCACUUGCCAGCUUGACAGCGCAUAAAACCACGUGCGAUCUGCUUCUGCAAUACGUGGGGGUGUGCGAAGGCAGUCAGCAGCUCAUGGCUGAGUGCUUCAACAAGCACCCACGAGUUCAGGCAUACUUUCAUCUGUGCAGCUACUUUCGCGAGGAAGCACGGCUGGGACACGCACUGUCGCAGUCGAUGGAAAGCGGAAGCUGGGAAAUGUUGCAAGAAUGCAAAGGCGUGGACAUCCAGGCUGCUAUUGUCUCAACUAAGAGGGCUGUGGAACACAGCCCACGCUCGCAACCAACCACCACAGCCUUUUCUCCGAUCGUCGGUAGCGGGAUUCCGUUCCCGCUUUCCAUGAUCGAGGAGCGCUUUUUGCAGCUGCAGAACAACCUCCUUGAAGAGCAGACCCAGCUCAUGAACGAAUACAAGGACUACCGCUUCUUACAGGCCAGCGCCGCCGACACAAUCCGCUACGCUUUUGAGCAUGGACGCACUUCUGUUGCGCAGCGGUUGAAGACUGCGUUUUGCGUGCCAGAGAAGAUGUUUCAACGAUGUAUGCUCAGUGCGUACUUGUGCACUGGCCAGUGGGAGCUCAUAGACGACAUGAGCGGCAUCUCGUCUAGCAAGAAGACGCUGCUUGACGGCGAGGCCUUUGUCACCGCCUUGCUUUCAUACAAGCGCCCACAGCAGGCAAAACAGUACAUUUCGCGCAUUCCAAAGAUUGAGACGCGAAUGGAGUACUACGUUCUCUGCAGCGACUGGUUCGGUGCCGCUGCCGACUGCAAGCGGAACAAUGACCCCGAUUUACUGACGCAGCUGAAGGACCGCGCCAAAGGUAAUCCAGAUGUACUGCGCCAGAUUGAAGAGGGCUGGUGCACACUGACCCAAACUACAGGUAUCAGCUUUCCCAAGUUCUUUUAG